UACCAAAAAAAAAACCAGCGAGGAGGCCCGUGAAGCGGAUUUAACAGUGUGUGUGUGGGGAAUCCGACAGAAGGGAGUGCAAGAGAAGAGACACUUUCCUAAGAUUUGUAGAGAGAGAAAGUAUUCUGGAAGAGAGAGAGAGAGAGAUAGAGAAACGCGUUCACUGAGACAUUUAUUCAAACACCUGGACCGCAAAAUCACAUACACACACAUACACUUGCAGAUACAGAACAACUGUGGUCCUCAAUCCUCCAUGGACGCAAAUUACAAGAAAGUUCGAUAAACAAGUUCACCGUUACAUGUCUUUUCGAAGCAUAGCUCGAGAUAUAAGGGAUAGUAUCGGAAACUUGUCUAGGCGGGGCCAUGGAAAGUCCCAUGGUGCUGUUCACGAGGUGCACGAUCGGCCCGAAGUGGUGGUGCAGAGCGGUUGUUGGGCGGGGCUUCCGCCGGAGUUGCUCCGAGACGUGAUUAAGAGGUUGGAGGAUAGUGAGUCCACAUGGCCCGAUCGAAAGCACGUUGUUGCUUGUGCAGCUGUUUGUCGGUCUUGGAGGGAAAUGUGCAAAGACAUUGUUCGAUGCCCUGAAUUUUCCGGAAAAUUGACCUUCCCUAUAUCCCUCAAGCAGCCGGGGUUUCGAGAGGGACCGAUUCAGUGUUUUAUUAAGAGAGACAAGUCUAGUUUGACCUACCAUCUGUUUCUUUGCCUUAGCCCUGCUUUACUUGUAGAGACCGGUAAAUUCCUUCUCUCCGCAAAACGAAAUCGCCGAACCACUCACACAGAGUACAUUAUCUCAAUGGAUUCCGACAACAUAUCGAGAUCGAACAACACUUAUAUCGGAAAACUCCGCUCAAAUUUCCUCGGGACCAAGUUCGUAAUAUACGACACCCACCCGCCUCACAACACCUCCUCCUCCAGUACCCUCCCGCCACCUGGCGUAGCCACGAGCCACUCGAAAAAAGUCUCCUCGAAAGUUCCUAGUGGGACCCACAGCAUCGCCCAGGUCUCGUACGAGCUCAACGUGCUCGGCACGCGGGGCCCGCGCAAGAUGCACUGCGUCAUGCAGUGCAUCCCCGCGUCCUCUCUGGAGCCCGGUGGGUUCGUUCCGGGCCCACAGGAGCUCCUGAUCCCCAGCACCCUCGGGGAUUCCUUCAGGAGCGUCGGGAGCUCGAUAGAAUUCGGCAGCGCGAGAUUUUCGGACAUUGUUGUAGCGGCCCCCGACGAACGGGAUGACGUGGCUAAGGAUGGGCCUUUGGUAUUGAAAAAUAAGGCGCCUAGGUGGCACGAGCAGCUGCAGUGUUGGUGUUUGAAUUUCAGGGGGAGGGUGACGGUGGCCUCGGUGAAGAACUUCCAGCUUGUUGCUGCGGUGGCACAGGCGGUAACGGCUGGUGGUGGGCCCACCGCGGCUCCCGCGAACACUCCGUCCGAUCAGGAUAAGAUAAUAUUGCAGUUCGGGAAAGUUGGUAAAGAUAUAUUCACUAUGGAUUAUCGGUACCCUUUGUCUGCAUUUCAGGCUUUCGCCAUCUGUUUGAGCAGCUUCGAUACCAAACUGGCGUGUGAAUAGCAAUUUUUUUUUUUUUGUUAUUUAUUCCAUGUUCGUUUUCUGUUGUUAGUUACAGUUGAUCUGCCUCAAGUAAAUUAGAUGAAUCUGUUUUUAAUUUUGUCUGUAAUACAAUCACUUCUCU